AAAGCAAAGCCUAGGAUUUGAUCCCCAACACCACAAAAUAAAGAGCUUGAAAAUUGGUUCAAUCUUGGCCAAGCAUGGUAGCCUGUGCUUUUAAUACCCAAGUGUUGGAGGCAGAGGCAGGUAAAUCUCUGGAUUCGAGGUCAACCUGAUGUACAUAGUGAGUCCUAGGCUAUCAAAAUAGAAAUAAAAAUCGGUCCAACCUUAACAAUUCUAGGACCAACCUAACCAAGAGGAAUCACAGCAGCAGGCCUGUAAAUAACAGGCAGGUAAAAUACUCACAGGCCAUCACCAGAGCAGACUCAAGGACCGUGUUGGUGGAAUUCCGCAAAUCACAUUUUUUAUUAUAAGCUCCGUGUCUCAGGUCUGGCCUAAUGCCAAUGAUAAAGCCAUCAGCCUUUCCAAUCUAUGAGUGUUUCGAUAUAAUCAAGACCCACGCAAAAACCCACAGAAAGCUCCCACUUUCCGGAGGAGCCUGCCGCUGCUAAUGCAAUGCACACACUAGACAAACAAACAAAGCAACAACAAACAAGCAAACAACACGAAUGGUUCAAAACAGCUCCGCUCUGCUCUGUUGCCUCAGGAAGGACGGCUCCACCCCUUUCCCUACGUAGGAGCAGCUGAUUGGAGGACGCGGAGAAGAGCACGCAGUGCAGCCAAUCCGGAGAGCGCACCCUGCCCUGCCCCUCCCCUGACCUUCGGGCCAUGCUGCCUGCGACAGGCAUCGGCGCGUCUGCCGCUGAGCUAGAGCAUGUCGUCGCCCGAGGAUCCGCAUCCCGCGGCUGGGGAGCAGCCGGGAGCUGGGCUGCACUUGCGGGCCGCGGGAGGGGCGCUGCUGCUUUGCGGGCUGGCGGUGCUGCUGGGCUGGGUCUGGCUGCGGCGGCAGCGCGCAUGCGGCAUUCCUCCCGGGCCCGCACCCCGGCCACUCGUGGGUAACAUCGGGCACUUGCUGGUGCCGCGCUUCCUGCGGCGGCAGUUCUGGCUGGGCGCGGGCGGCCAGAAGGACACCGACGCCGUGGCCACGCACGUGCGCCUGGCCAAGCUGGCCGGCGUCUACGGCAACGUCUUCAGCUUAUUCAUCGGCCACCGUCUGGUGGUGGUCCUCAGCGACUUCCGCAGCGUGCGCGAGGCGCUGGUGCAGCAGGCUGAAGUGUUCAGUGACCGUCCGCGGAUGCCGCUCAUCUCCAUCAUGACCAAGGAGAAGGGAAUUGUGUUUGCACACUAUGGUGCAAUCUGGAAGCAGCAGAGGAAGUUCUCCCAUUCCACACUUCGUCAUUUUGGUUUGGGAAAGCUUAGCCUGGAACCCAAGAUUAUCGAGGAGUUCAAGUAUGUAAAAGAGGAAAUGCAGAAACACGGGGACGCCCCCUUCAGCCCCUCCCCCAUCAUCAGCAACGCCAUCUCCAACAUCAUCUGCUCCCUGUGCUUCGGCCAGCGCUUCGAUUACACCAACGGGGAGUUUAAGAAGGUGCUGGGCUUCAUGUCUCGGGGGCUGGAGAUCUGCUUGCACAGCCAGCUCUUUCUCAUUAACAUAUGCUCCUGGCUUUACUACCUCCCCUUCGGGCCGUGCAAGGAACUAAGGCAGAUCGAACGGGACAUAACCCGCUUCCUUAAAAACAUCAUCAAAGAGCACCGGGAGUCUCUGGACGCCAGCAACCCUCAGGACUUCAUAGACAUGUACCUUCUGCACGUGGAGGAGGAGAGGGCGACCAGCAGUGGCACCAGCUUCAGUGAGGACUACCUGUUCUACAUCAUUGGGGACCUCUUCAUUGCUGGCACCGACACCACAACCAACUCUUUGCUUUGGUGCCUGCUGUACAUGUCACUGAACCCUGACGUGCAAAAAAAGGUUCAUGAGGAAAUCGAAAGGGUCAUUGGUUGUGACCGGGUUCCUUCCCUCACGGACAAGGCCCAGAUGCCAUACACAGAAGCCACCAUCAUGGAGGUGCAGCGGUUGUCCAUGGUGGUGCCCCUUGCCAUUCCUCAUAUGACCUCGGAGAAAACAGUCCUCCAAGGAUACACUAUUCCUAAAGGGACAGUGGUCAUUCCCAACUUGUGGUCAGUACACAGAGACCCAGCCAUUUGGGAGAAGCCAGAUGACUUCUGUCCUGAUCGGUUUCUGGAUGACCAGGGACAGCUUUUGAAGAGAGAAACUUUUAUUCCUUUUGGGAUAGGGAAGCGGGUGUGUAUGGGAGAGCAGCUGGCAAAGAUGGAGUUAUUCCUCAUGUUUGUGAGCCUGAUGCAGAGUUUCACCUUCGCUUUACCGGAGGGCUCCGAGAAGCCCAUCAUGACUGGAAGAUUCGGCCUCACGCUAGCCCCGCACCCGUUUCAUGUAACUGUCUCAAAGAGAUGAAGAUGCCACUGAGAAGACAGAAGGGGACAACAGCCAAAUGUAGCCUAGGCAGUCUUCCAUGCUGAUGAGCAUGGGCCCAGCAACUCAGCACAGCCAAGAGAGGUUCCAGACAAGAGACCUGGGGAAAAAGGGUGCCACACCAUGGAUGCCUCCUGCCCACCGGGAAGCAUGGAUGCUGGAUUUAGCCGUGUAGAUUCAUCCGGAACAGACCUUGUCUCUCAUCCUCCAUUGUUCCAUGGUAAAUGGGGGUAAUGAGAUUUCUCAUGGCCUCUCUGCUAUUAGCAAAUGCUGGGCAAUUCAGGAGCAGACCUGUCCUCAGACAUUUCAGUGUUCAACAUAGACACUUGGUCAGAAAGGGUUGCAGACUUAGUUUAUAUUGGAGUAGAAUUUUUUUUCUUUUUCUUUAUUUUUUUUUUAGCAUAGGUUCUAUAUCAGUUUCUUUGGGCUUAUCUUAUGAAUAUCUUUUGUAUUUAGGUCUAGGUUCUUUACUUUCUAUAGAGCUAGGAUGACAUGUCCCCUUUUCCUGUAUGUUGAGGAAAAAGAAGCCUUCUCCUUAGGUCAUUAUCUACCUGUUUGUCUGCUUUCUGUAACCACAUGGUCAUCGAGCCUGGUGCAAGCCCAGGUCCGCUCCACCUAGCUGUGUGCAGGUGCCUUGACUUGGGCCCUGGAUGCUGUCCCGAGAAACCUAAUAAUGGAAUUGGUCAAAAAGGGAUUUCUCAUUCAGAGGGUUCCGACCUCUCUCUUCCUGCUGUGUCACCAGCUGCAGUGUGACUGACUUGAGUAUUCUCCAAGACAAGAAGCCAUUUGUUAAUAAGAGGGCCUCUAGUGGCCCUUCCAGGGACCACACGGAAACGUGGGAAGGUUUGACCGUAAUGGAGGAAAACUGUGGGGCUUGUGCUCCUAGGGCUGAGGAUGCAGUCAGCAGUGGGAGCUCCGUGUGCCCGAGGCUGGCCCUUCCCUCGGUCUCCACAGUCCUGUGGAAGGAACCGUGGUGAUACUGAGAGAGCGGCCCUCUAUGGACGUUUUCUUUAUGUGUGUAUGUAAUCCUCACACUAAGGGGGCUGAGCUUUGCGAUGCUAAGGCCCACAAUUACAAAAUGCCAUCACUAGGUCUGCGAGACACUUGGUCUUGUGACCGGAAAGCACUUUCUGAGCCUUCUCAGUAUUGACCCCACAGGGUCCCGUACCUGUGUCCUCAGUUACCUGUGUCCCUUGGGGCCAGGCUCCACACUGCUGCCUCCUCCUCACCACGCCUUAUUCUUGGUAGAUGCCCAGGCCACUCGGGAGUAAGCUAGGGAAGGCUCUUCAGGGGAGAGUCCAUCUAUGUGUUUAUUGCUGUCACUUUAGGGUAGUUCUAAAACAGAAUAAUUUGCCAGACCUGUUUAAGACAGUGUUUAAAAAUGUACUAGACUUUUUAAUCAUUUAAAGUAACCACUUUAAGCAAAUUUAGAAUGAUGCCUUAACUGCUAAUACAUAAUACAGGAUGAAAGCUUCCAGCAUCUUCCUACAGACUUCUUUCCCAGGUGCCCAGGCAGACUCUCAAAAGCUUACCAAGCUAGAAAUAACAGCUACUGAAUAAAGAUCUAACAUGAGUAAAAAGGAAAUGUGAACUAUUUUAUAAUUGCAUAUUGAUUAAUUUUUGAUGCUAUGUUCUUUAUAUUACCCACCAUACUGUUUUCCUUUUCUUAAAUUAUAAGCACUUUCAGGAAGAGAUGCCGGACAUACAGGCUAAUCUUUAGGUAUCCUGGAGAUGGUUUUAGACCAGCAGACUGACUGUAGAGAGACUGAGUGAGGCUGAAUAUGCUAUGGAUAAAACGGCGUGGGGAUGGGUGUGCUGCUCCGUGAGCAGGGUAGUUUGUCCUGAUCAGAGAGUCAUGUGAUUUUAAAUCUUACUGCUUGACUCACACGUGGAUUUCUGGACCUCUCAACCAAAGACUUCACACCGUGCUUGAAAAAGACUCCGUCUUCUAUGAGCCAACAUCAGAAUCCUGAGUUUGUCCAGCAGUUUAAUACUGUGCCUCAAGAUGUAGCACUCUGAAAACCCUUUUACACAUCUUGCCACAGAUGGACUGUGCUUUUCCCAAACCUACUGAUAUUUUACGAUUGUGCACUUCUUGCUUCAUCUGAAAUGUGAAGAUGACUUUAUUUUUUUUCCGAGUCUAACUAAGUCUAAACCUUAUCUUUACUGAUAUUCUUGGCAUUCUUAUUAAACUUUUAAUUUUAA